GUAAUUUUAUCAAAAAUGAACUACUUUGGAAGAAUAAGACUCGGGAACUUAAGGAAUUACUUCUCCUUAUACAGAAUUAUGGGGCUCUUUAUUGGGUAUAAAAGCUACUGAAUGUACCACCACAACUCCACAGAACAAAUUAUUUCUUACAGGACUAUUAAAGAGGAUGGAAGUGAGAAUACUCUAGUAGAAGACUCAGGUCUCUUGGGCGAUAAGUUCAGACCUACUUUUUUGGUAUUAUCUGGAUUAGGACAAACUUUAUACGGUGCUAUUACUAGAUCUAGCCCUCCUGGGUACCAGAAUGAGAUUAUUAAGCUUCCAGAUGGGGGUCAGAUCACACUACAAAGUAUUAUUCAUCCUAAUGGCGAAAAUAAGGGUGUUGUCAUUGUUGUUCCUGGUAUUACUGGGGAUGGGUAUGACAAUUAUGUAGUCAAUACUGUGCAAAAAUCUAUUGAGAACGGAUAUAGUACAUACAUUAUCAAUCAUAGAGGAUUAUGUAAUACUCCUUUAUUAACUCCUCUGACUUAUCAUGGAGGAAGCUCUUUUGACACAAAAGCUGCUUUGGAGCACAUUAAGAACAAACAUCCAAGCCAGCCUAUAUAUGGAGUGGGGUACUCUUUAGGUUCAAACAUUCUUGGAAACUACAUUGGUGAGCAAGGAGAUAAAUGAAUUCUCUCAGGCGCAGUUCUUGUCUGUUGCCCCUUCAGGACUGAUGUUGCUAGUCACAAGGUCGAAAACGAGCAUUUCGGAUUGAUCUCCAAGUGGCUCGCUUGGAGUUGAAAAUAAAGUAAUUCAAAAGCACGAAGAAAUGUAUCCCUUAUUUAUUCAGGAGCAUGGGCUUGAACUUUCUAGCCUAUUAAAGGACAUCAGAACAUUAAAGGAUUUUGAUGAUAAGGUGACUGCCAAACAAUUCGGGUACAAAUGAGUUAUGGACUACUAUAAACAAUGUAGCCUUGUACCUAAGAUGAAAAAUAUGAAAGUAAAAACUUUAUUUAUAUCAGCAUUAGACGACCCCUUUUUUGGUCCUGACGUAAUUCCACACUCAGAAUUUGAGACGAAUGAAAACCUUUACUUGAUUGCUACAAGUGGAGGAGGCCAUGUAGGAUUUUAUGACUCAGUGCUUUCCAAUGAUCAAUGGCACAAUAAGCCUGCAAUGAGAUUUUUUAAUUAUCUCCAUGCUGCAGAUAGGUUUUUAAUUUAGGUUAGUUUUCAAUAAGAUUUUAUCCAACAAUAAUUUCAAUCUUA